CAGAAGACCAGCCGCACCAAAUUUCUUAAUGGCUUAUUGCUAAUUCCUAAUAUACUAUCAAAUCUUUACACCAAGGAAAAGGUGUUAACAUGCUUGUGCCCUCUUAAUUAAACCAGCUAAUCUGGUGAGAGGUCGUCGUGGAACACAAAGAGAAACAGGACAAUGUGUCCAAAAUCUCAGGUAAAAACAAAGUCCUAAAAUUCCCACCUGAUAGCACUUGUUAGCUUCUUUUUGUUGGCCUAUCUUAUCAUCCAAAGCAACAACCUCCAAAACUCUCUAACCUACCAUUUCCAAAAAAAUGUGCAAACCCAUUUCACCAAAACUUAGACAAAACUAGAAAUCACCAACACCUUGCUUUGAAAACUUGAGUUCAUAAGAGUCUCUCUAUAUUGGUGGUGAGAACUCAGAACUCAGAACUAAGAAGCUACCCAAACCAUUCAACAUCUUCAACUACAAUGGAAGUUUCAUGCAAGAUUCUGAGGAGAUCAAUCCACAGUUUUCUUCAAAACUAUCAUUUUUUCACCUCUUCUGCAGCUUUUCUUGCUUUUCCUUUCUCAGCUUCAGUGCUUCUCUCCCAGGCUUUAUCUCCUUCUUCCCCUGCAUCACUCUUGCCUCAAAUCUAUAAUCGCUUCAGGAUUCUGUUUGAUGCUGCAGGUUUUCCUUCCUCUUCACAAUUGUUCACCAUUCUCAACCUCAAGGUUUCACAAACACUCAGCUCUUCAAUUUUCACCCUUCCUUUCACCCUCACCUUUCUCCUUUUUGCAAAAGCAUUCACAUUCCAUGCUCUUAAUAACCAUAAAACAAUUUUCUCAUCACCUUCCUUGAAAUCAAUAAUAUCCCUCUACAAGCCACUCCUUCAAACCUAUGUAUGCAGCUGUUUCUUGAUUCUCUCUGCAAAUGCAAGUGCUUUUGGCCUCUUGUUUUUGGCCUUCAGCUUCAUUGAAAGACUUGGAUUCUCUUCUUCUCCUAGUUUCCUCUUUUUCAUGUCAGCAUCUGGGGCAGUUCUGUUUUCUGUGAUUCUUGCAAAUGCACUUGUCAUAUGCAACAUGGCAAUGGCUAUCUCUGGUGUUGAAGGACAUGGUGGAUACCUUGCAAUUCUGAAAGGUUGUGUCUUGAUAAGGGGAAGAACAUCCAUGGCUUUGUUCCUGGCAUUGCCUGUGAAUGUCGCUUUGGCUGCUAUUGAAGCCUUGUUCCAAUUCAGGGUUGUGAAGGCAUAUCAUGUUGCUGGAAAAGCAGGACCUUUUGUGGGUUUGGAAGGGGUUUUCAUUGCAUAUCUUUACUCAAUCUUCAUCAUCCUUGACACAAUUGUGAGCUUCAUGUUUUACAAAAGCUUGAAGGAAGAAUCAUGGAUUGGUGAAGAAGACAAGCAUUUUUUCAGGAUUGAAUUGCCAGAUGAGGACAAUAAUGGUUACCUGGGCACCAAGAAUUUGGAAGAACUACCUUAAGUAACAUAGUGGCAAAUGCUUAACUUGUUCAUGGCUUUUCUUCAUGUUUCAUGAAGGAGAAGGAGCUAAUAGAAAGGUAUAUACAAAUUUAUUCAUGUUGCACGAAGGGAAUUGAGCAACUUUUAAGGCAUAAAGAUUUUCAUAAGAGCAAUCUCCUCAGAGAAGCUAUGUGAAAAGACAAGAAGCUAGAGAUUAGUGCACUGUUUGUAUUUCUGUUGUAUUGUUCAACUCUGAUCUUUAUAUUUUAUAUUGCUUACACCUUGUAGAUUGAAAUGGCAAUCUUUUACAGUGUGAAUAAUACAAAUGCUUCAUGUUAA